AUGGCGGGGAGGGGGAGCGAUGCAGGUGGCUGCUGCAGCAGCAGCAGCAGCAGCUGCAGCAGCAGCAGCAGCAGCAGCAGCAGCGGGAAGCAGCUGGUUAUUGCGGAGCCGGAGAUCCGGGUGCUCGCGCUGCAGCCGGAAGACGAGUUCCUGCUGCUGGCUUGCGACGGGCUCUUCGAUGUCAUGAGCAGCCAGGAAGCUGUUUCCUUCGUCCGGAAGCAGCUGCAGCAGCGGCAGCAGCAGCAGCAGCAACUCGGCUGCUGCAGCAGCAACACCCUCCAAGACGUCGCAGACGCCCUCAUCUCCGAAGCCAUUGAUGUCCGACGCACCAGGGACAACGUCACCUGCCUCCUCGUCGACCUCAGACCCCCCCUGCAGCAGCAGCAGCAGCAGCAGCAGCAGCAGCUGCUGCAGCAGCAGCUGCAGCAGCAGCAGCAGCAGCAGCAGCAGCGCCUCCAGGCGCUGCUGCAGCCCCAAAAACCCCCCAGGGCCCCCGGCCCCACAGCCCCCCACAAACCCAAAGACAGCAGACACGUGGCCAACAGAGUCCUUGCAGCAGACACCAGCGCAAAUCCACACUAA